AUGUCUGCAAGUCCAAGUGUCGAAGACCUCAAAAUGCUCAUGGCAGUACUAGUACAAUGCGCUCCUGACAACAAACCCCUUCCAAGACCAGAUCAUUUGAGAUUGGCAGAAGCCGUCGGCCUUCGCGAUCGAGUAGCUUCCAAACAGAGAUGGUCUAAUCUCAUGAAGAAGUUCAGAGAUGGAGAUUUUGGAGAUAUGGAGGGUCUAAUCGCUUCGAAGGAGCCUAAUGAAGCUGCGGCAAGAAAACGACCAGUAGUCGAGGUACCAGUUGGGGGGUAUAUGGACAAGUCCGCGCCUUCUCCUACCAAGAAAGUCAAAGGUGCCCAGAAAGCGGGAAAAGGAAAGGGCAAGCAAAAGAAAGAUGUCAAGGAGGAGACCGGUGAGGAUGAGGUCUGA